AUGAUUUCUUCGAUUAAACCGGUUUCAACCUCCUUGACCGCAAUCGCCGGCGUAAGGAGAUCAGCUCCGGCAAAGCUCCGGUUUUCUCCCUUACCCAUCAUCAGAAACUUCGAGAACCCUAACCCUUUCCCUCUACACGUUUCACCCGCCCAGAAUUUGUCGAAUUUCUCCGUGGCGGCGGCGCAGAGGCGUGAUGUUUUUAGGGUUGGAGCUUACGAGGCCGACCGGUCUCAGCCGAUUGAGAUCGGAAUCGAAGUUCCUGACGAACAAUCCGGGCAGAAGGUGAAGAUUGGGAUCUACUUCGCGACUUGGUGGGCACUGAACGUUGUGUUCAACAUCUACAACAAGAAGGUCCUGAACGCGUUCCCUUACCCGUGGCUAACCUCGACGCUUUCUCUCGCUUGUGGGUCUCUCAUGAUGCUCGUCUCUUGGGUCACUAGACUCGCCGACGCUCCCAAAACUGAUCUCGAUUUCUGGAAAACUCUGUUCCCGGUGGCGGUGGCGCAUACGAUCGGACAUGUAGCAGCGACAGUGAGCAUGUCCAAAGUGGCAGUGUCCUUCACGCACAUCAUCAAAAGCGGUGAACCAGCCUUCAGCGUCCUCGUCUCGAGGCUCUUCUUAGGCGACACGUUCCCUCUGCCUGUUUACCUCUCUCUCUUGCCCAUCAUCGGAGGCUGUGCUCUCGCUGCAGUCACCGAGCUCAACUUCAAUAUGAUCGGGUUUAUGGGGGCGAUGAUAUCGAAUUUGGCGUUUGUGUUCCGGAACAUAUUCUCAAAGAAGGGGAUGAAGGGGAAGUCAGUGAGUGGGAUGAAUUACUACGCUUGCUUAUCUAUGAUGUCUCUUCUCCUCGUCACUCCUUUCGCCAUUGCCGUGGAAGGUCCUCAGAUUUGGGCUGCUGGUUGGCAAAACGCCGUCUCUGAAAUUGGACCAAACUUCGUCUGGUGGGUAGUGGCACAGAGUGUGUUCUACCAUUUGUAUAACCAAGUCUCAUACAUGUCCCUCGACCAGAUUUCUCCCUUGACAUUCAGCGUUGGAAACACCAUGAAGCGGAUCUCGGUCAUCGUUGCGUCGAUCAUCAUCUUCCACACCCCGAUUAGACCUGUCAAUGCCCUCGGUGCUGCCAUUGCUAUUCUUGGAACUUUCAUAUAUUCUCAGGCCAAUGCUGAACUUCAAUUUGCAUUUGAUCUUCAACUCAAGGCUCAUGAAUUCUUGAUGAUGGUGUUCUUUUCUUGGUUUCGAAUCUUUGAACAGGCAAAGCAGUGA